GCCGACCUGACGACGGGCUGUGAGGAAGAGCUGGUCGCGUCUGCGUCAGCCGCCGCCGCCGCCACUGUGUGGCCGGUUGUCCGGGCAACGGCGGAAGUUGUCGCCGUCUGGUGGCCUCUGAGAGAUAGGUGUUCGUCAUGCAGCUGAAGCACCUGAGGACCCUGCUGAGCCCUCAGGAUGGAGCUGCAAAGGUUACCUGCAUGGCCUGGUCACAGAACAAUGCCAAGUUUGCGGUGUGCACAGUGGAUCGAGUGGUAUUGCUGUAUGAUGAGCAUGGGGAGCGGAGGGAUAAAUUCUCUACCAAACCAGCUGACAUGAAGUAUGGCAGGAAGAGCUACAUGGUUAAGGGCAUGGCCUUUUCUCCUGAUUCCACGAAGAUUGCCAUAGGACAGACUGACAACAUCAUCUAUGUCUACAAGAUUGGAGAAGAUUGGGGUGACAAGAAGGUCAUCUGCAACAAGUUCAUCCAGACGAGUGCUGUUACUUGUCUGCAGUGGCCGGCAGAGUACGUCAUUGUCUUUGGACUGGCUGAAGGGAAGGUUCGUUUAGCAAACACCAAAACAAAUAAAUCAUCUACCAUCUAUGGGACAGAGUCGUACGUGGUAUCACUGACAACAAAUUGCUCUGGGAAAGGAAUUCUGUCUGGUCAUGCAGAUGGCACCAUUGUUAGGUAUUUCUUCGAUGAUGAAGGCUCUGGAGAGUCACAGGGGAAGCUGGUGAGCCACCCAUGCCCCCCUUAUGCCUUAGCUUGGGCAACCAACAGCAUCGUGGCUGCAGGCUGUGACCGAAGGAUUGUGGCCUACGGAAAGGAAGGCCAUGUGCUCCAAACGUUCGACUACAGCCGUGACCCUCAGGAACGGGAGUUCACCACGGCUGCGGCGAGUCCUGGGGGCCAGUCUGUUGUGCUGGGAAGUUAUGACAGACUUCGUGUGUUUAACUGGAGCCCACGGAGAAGCAGCUGGGAAGAGGCAAAGCCCAAGGAGAUCGCCAACCUGUAUACUGUCACUGCCUUGGCCUGGAAGCGGGACGGCUCGAGACUCUGUGCGGGCACACUCUGUGGUGGAGUGGAACAGUUUGACUGCUGCCUCCGAAGGAGUAUUUAUAAGAACAAGUUUGAGUUGACAUAUGUGGGACCCAGCCAGGUGAUUGUUAAGAAUUUGUCGUCGGGGACCCGAGUUGUCCUCAAAUCACACUAUGGUUACGAGGUGGAGGAGGUGAAAAUCCUGGGAAAGGAGCGGUACCUAGUGGCGCACACCUCAGACACACUACUGCUGGGGGACCUGAACACUAACCGCCUUAGUGAGGUUGCUUGGCAAGGCUCUGGCGGCAAUGAGAAGUACUUCUUUGAAAAUGAGAAUGUGUGCAUGAUCUUCAAUGCGGGUGAGCUGACUCUGGUGGAAUAUGGCAGCAAUGACACCCUGGGUUCUGUCCGCACUGAAUUCAUGAAUCCGCAUCUCAUCAGUGUCCGGAUCAAUGAGCGGCAUCAGCGCGGAAUGGAAGAGAAUAAGAAACUGGCUUAUCUUGUUGACAUUAAGACUAUUGCUGUGGUGGAUCUGAUUGGAGGCUACAACAUUGGCACCAUCAGCCAUGAGAGCCGUGUGGAUUGGCUGGAACUUAAUGAGACCGGGCACAAACUCCUCUUCCGGGAUCGGAAACUCCGUCUGCAUCUGUAUGACAUUGAAAGCUGCUCUAAGACAAUGAUCCUUAACUUCUGCUCCUACGUGCAGUGGGUCCCAGGAAGUGAUGUGCUGGUGGCUCAGAACCGAAACAACUUGUGUGUGUGGUACAACAUUGAAGCACCUGAGAGGGUCACCAUGUCCUCUAUCCGGGGUGAUGUUAUAGGACUGGAGCGGGGUGGGGGCAAGACUGAGGUAAUGGUGACCGAAGGAGUGACCACAGUGGCCUACACCCUGGAUGAGGGCCUUAUCGAGUUUGGAACAGCCAUUGAUGACGGCGACUACACCCGGGCCACUGCCUUCUUGGAGACUCUGGAAAUGACCCCAGAAACAGAGGCGAUGUGGAAAACGCUGAGCAAACUGGCGCUCGAAGCCAGGCAGCUGCACAUUGCUGAGAGGUGCUUUUCUGCUUUGGGCCAUGUAGCAAAAGCUCGGUUCCUGCACGAGACCAAUGAAAUUGCAGAUCAAGUGUCUCGGGAAUAUGGUGGAGAAGGAACAGAUUUUUAUCAGGUCCGAGCGCGUCUCGCCAUGUUGGAGAAGAACUACAAACUAGCAGAAAUGAUCUUCCUGGAACAGAACGCUGUAGAGGAGGCCAUGAACAUGUACCAGGAGCUACACCGUUGGGAUGAGUGUAUCGCUGUGGCUGAGGCCAAGGGGCACCCUGCCCUGGAGAAACUGCGCCGGGGCUACUACCAGUGGCUGAUGGACACUCAGCAGGAGGAGAGGGCCGGGGAGCUGCAGGAGAGCCAAGGCGAUGGGCUGGCGGCCAUCAGCCUCUACCUCAAAGCCGGGCUCCCUGCCAAGGCCGCGCGGCUAGUGCUCACCCGGGAGGAGCUGCUGGCCAACACGGAGCUGGUGGGGCACAUCACCACCGCCCUCAUCAAGGGCGAGCUGUAUGAACGGGCUGGGGAUCUCUUUGAGAAGAUUCGAAAUCCACAGCGGGCCCUGGAGUGCUACUGUAAAGGCAAUGCAUUCAUGAAAGCGGUGGAGUUGGCACGCUUGGCCUUCCCAGUUGAGGUGGUGCGCCUAGAGGAGGCAUGGGGUGACCACUUGGUGCAGCAGAAGCAGCUUGACGCAGCCAUUAACCACUACAUAGAAGCUAGAUGCUCCAUUAAGGCGAUUGAGGCGGCCCUGGGUGCCCGCCAGUGGAAGAAGGCAAUUUACAUCUUAGAUCUCCAGGACCAGAACACGGCGUCCAAGUACUAUCCUCGUGUGGCCCAGCACUAUGCGUCUCUGCAGGAGUAUGAGAUUGCAGAGGAGCUCUACUUGAAGGGCGACUGCACAAAAGAUGCCAUCGACAUGUACACACAGGCUGGCCGCUGGGAGCAAGCCCACAAGCUGGCGCUCAAGUGCAUGAGGCCCGAGGAUGUGUCAGUGCUGUACAUCACUCAGGCCCAGGAGUUGGAAAAGCAGGGCAAGUACCGUGAGGCCGAGAGGCUGUAUGUGACCGUGGAGGAGCCUGAUCUCGCCAUCACCAUGUUCAAGAAGCACAAGUUGUAUGAUGACAUGAUCCGCCUGGUCGGGAAGCACCACCCUGAUCUCCUCAGCGACACUCACCUACAUCUGGGCAAGGAGCUGGAGGCCGAAGGCCGCCUGCAGGAGGCUGAGUACCACUACCUGGAGGCCCAGGAGUGGAAGGCAACAGUGAACAUGUACCGGUCCAGUGGGCUUUGGGAAGAGGCCUACAGGGUGGCCAAGACUCAUGGUGGAGCCAACGCUCACAAGCACGUGGCCUAUCUGUGGGCCAAGAGCCUGGGUGGAGAGGCUGCUGUCAGACUGCUCAAGAAGUUGGGUCUCCUGGAGGCUGCUAUUGACCAUGCGGCAGACAACUGCUCCUUUGAAUUUGCAUUUGAACUCGCUCGGCUGGCCCUCAAGCACAAAACCCCUGAAAUUCACCUACGCUAUGCCAUGUACCUGGAGGAUGAGGGCAAAUUUGAAGAGGCUGAAGCUGAGUUCAUCAGGGCUGGUAAACCCAAGGAAGCCGUCCUCAUGUUUGUCCAUAACCAGGACUGGGAGGCAGCUCAGCGGGUGGCUGAGGCCCACGACCCCAACAGCGUCGCCGAGGUGCUGGUGGGGCAGGCCCGGGGGGCCUUGGAGGAGAAGGACUUCCAGCGAGCAGAAGCGCUGCUGCUCCGCGCCCAGCGGCCAGGCCUGGCCCUCAGUUACUACAAGGAGGCUGGGCUUUGGAGCGACGCCCUGCGGAUCUGUAAGGACUACAUGCCCGGGCAGCUGGAGGCCCUGCAGGAGGAGUACGAGCAGGAAGCAUCCAAGAAGGGAGCCAGGGGCAUGGAAGGGCUGGUGGAGCAGGCGCGCCAGUGGGAGCAGGCGGCUGAGUAUGGUCGUGCUGUCGACUGCUAUCUCAAGGUGCGAGACACCGGCAGCAACAGUGGCCUGGUGGAGAAGUGCUGGAUGAAGGCAGCCGAACUUGCCAUCAAGUUUCUGCCCUCCCAGCGCAGUCUGGAAGUAGUUCGGGCUGUGGGGCCCCAGCUGAUUGGAAUCGGAAAGCACAGUGCUGCCGCAGAGCUCUUUCUGAACCUGGACCUUGUAAAGGAAGCCAUUGAUGCUUUCAUUGAGGGUGAGGAGUGGAACAAAGCCAAGCGUGUGGCCAAGGAGCUGGACCCCCGGUAUGAAGACUAUGUGGACCAGCAUUACAAAGAGUUCCUCAAGAACCAGGGCAAAGUGGACUCGCUGGUGAGUGUGGACGUGGUGGCCGCAUUGGACCUGUACGUGGAGCAGGGUCAGUGGGACAAGUGCAUCGAAACAGCCACCCGGCAGAACUACAAGAUUCUGCACAAGUACGUGGCUUUGUACGCAACACACCUGAUCCGAGAAGGUGACUGUGCCCAGGCCCUGGCCCUGUACGUGCAGCACGGAGCCCCUGCCAACCCCCAGAACUUCAACAUCUACAAGAGGAUCUUCACCGACAUGGUGAGCUCGCCCGGGAGCAACAGUGCUGAGGCCUACCACAGCUGGGCCGACCUGCGCGACGUCCUCUUCAACCUGUGUGAAAACCUGGCCAAGUCCAGCGAGGCCAACUCGCCAGCCCACGAGGAGUUUGAGACCAUGCUGCUGAUCGCCCACUACUACGCCACACGCUCUGCGGCCCAGAGCGUCAAAGCCCUGGAAACUGUGGCUGCCAGACUUUCUGUUUCACUCUUGCGUCACACGCAGCUGCUACCUGCAGACAAGGCAUUCUAUGAAGCUGGCAUGGCCUCCAAGGCUGUUGGCUGGGAGAACAUGGCCUUCAUCUUCCUCAACCGGUUCUUGGAUCUGACCGACGCCAUUGAAGAAGGGACGCUGGAUGCCCUGGACCACUCUGACUUCCAGGACACAGACAUUCCCUUCGAGGUGCCCCUCCCUGCCAAGCAGCAUGUGCCGGAGGCGGAGAGAGAAGAGGUCCGGGACUGGGUGCUCACCGUCUCCAUGGACCAGCGGCUGGAGCAGGUUCUGCCUCGGGAUGAGCGUGGCGCCUACGAGGCUUCCCUGGUAGCAGCAAGCACUGGUGUGCGAGCCCUGCCCUGCCUCAUCACAGGAUACCCCAUUUUGAGGAACAAAAUAGAAUUUAAGCGGCACGGGAAGGCAGCUAACAAAGACAACUGGAAUAAGUUCCUAAUGGCGAUCAAGACCUCCCACAGCCCCAUGUGCCAGGACGUGCUGAAGUUCAUCAGUCAGUGGUGCGGAGGGCUCCCCAGCACCAGCUUCUCCUUCCAGUAGCCACAUUAAAGGUGUGUGAGUGACUGA